ACCACCACCAGCACCAGCACCACCACGCGCACCCGGCCGCCAACCUCAGCCUCAACCUGUCGCAGCGCCUCAACCACUCGCACCUCUCCACGCUCAGCACCUCCAAGCACUCCCUCGGCAAUGCCAGCAGCGUCAGCCCCGGAGGCGGUGGCGGCAUCGUGGUGGCCAAUGGCGGGCCGGGCAGUACAGCGGCGCUGCCCAAGAUGGCAAAUGGUGGCCUCCACAUCUCACGGUCCUCGGCCCACCACACACAGGGAGCACAUACUAUCUCGGGCCGGCACCACACCUCCGGACAUGCCUCACCCACUGGAGGCAGCCGGUUCUCGUGGCGCAGCUACUACCACGGGCAGCUGGGCCCGCCGCGAGAGGCGCUGGGGUCGCUGGGCCUGCUGUGCCUGGCCAGCCUGCUGCUGGCGCUGCUGUCGCUCAUUUUCCUGCUGCGGUUGGCGCCCCUGCCCGCGGGGGAGCCCCCCUCAGACGAAUACGUGCUGGUGCACGACGCCACUCUGGCGCUGUGUGCGCUCGCGCUCUCGCUGAACCUGUGCUGCCUGCUCGUCUGCGCCGUGCAGGUCCUCUUCGCCGUCCGCCUCGUGCGAUCGCCGCACGGCGCCGAGAGAACUAACAAGUACCUGCAAAAAUCAUCAAUAACAAGAAUGUGCGCAGUAAGCGGAUUCUUCAUUUCCAUUCCUGUUUUCCUCACAGGAAUCAUCUUGUACACAUUCAUCCAAUUCCAUUCAACUCCAGCCAUAAUAACCAGCGUAUUUAUUGGUGUUGGUAUUGUGUUCUGUGGUUGUGCCAUGGUUCACAAUGUUUUCGUGUGGCAAAGGGAGAAGACAAACGCAGUUCGUGCCUUGGCACUACAGCAGCAGCAACAGCACCAACACCAACCGUCGCUUCGCCAGCCGACGUCCCCCACACCGUCAGUGGAUCUUUCCAAGGUUGCCUCUGGCCUGCCUCGUGAAGCAAGUGGUAGUGUGAGUCCGGGUGUUCCUGUGGCUACUCUAGACCUCAGCACAGCUGUGUCACCGCACGAAUUAUCGACACUUGUGUGAAAUGUCAGUUUCAUAAAUUUACUUGUGUAACUGGUGUUUGGUGAUUUUUUUUGGCCUGCUCACAAACAUGUUUUACAAAUAGAUAUCACAGGAUGAAAUGUGUCAGUGCCAGUGUUAUUUACAAGGUGAAAAUUAAAUCCAAGGAAAAUGAAUCAACGAACUGAUUUGCUUGCACUUUGGGUUCCUGUGCAAUGUAAGCUGCCCCCGCUCGUGUGGUCGUGCAGUGAGAGGCAGGCUGCUGAGAGACUAAACGUGGGUAGUCUCUAAUAUGUGAGGGGAAUUCUGAAGUCCACUAGAUGGUACCUAGUGAUGUCUGAUGUACCUGGGGCUUGUGUCGUACAAGUUCAGAGUCCACCUUUGUGUUUGCUUUUGGCAUUUUGAACACACAUAUACCCUUUGUGGUCCUUCAAGAGUAUGAAACAACACUUUGACCUUACACAUGCACUAUUCCCAACAUUUUGUUGCAUUUAUGAUACGUAUUAACUAAAUAUAAAAAGACAUAAUAUAUUCUGUGUGAGAGUUAUAGCAUUCCAUUCAUAUUGCAAACCAGACAAAGGAAUUUUUUUUCUGGAAAAUUAACUCACUGUCAGUAUUGUGCUCAACAUUUAUAUCUCACAUAGGCAGAAAUUCAUCACAAAGAUAAAAACGGAUGUAUAAUUUAUCAUCUUGAAACAGGUUGUUGUAAAUCUCCAAAAAAUGUCAUUCUAUUCCUACAUCCAUAAGAUAUAGGCCUAUACAAUUUUCUUUAAAUGAUGCUCCACAGCUUUUAUAAAAGACACUUGGAUUAUACCAACGCAAAUCUAUCAGGACCAUUAUUAUACUGCAUCUAGUUUGAACAGAUGAUGAUGUAAACUAUUUGGACAGAUGACGAUGUAAACUGUUGAAACUGGUUGCGGUACAACAAUGAUUUUAGCAGCUUUGUGACAGUAUACAUAACACUGCCAUAAAAUCCAGGUACCUAUCACAAUAUUAAUUACUCACCUAGUAAAAACUAUUAAGUAUUAGCAAAAUCAAAGGUAAAAUAAUUACAAAUAAUUUGUGCUCUUCUCUGUUCUGUUACUUUUGUGUUUAUUCAGUUAUGUUGUUAUUCCAGACAGUCUGUAUAACAGUUAUGGUGAAACACUUGUUGAAUGAGAUCAUGUGGCAGAUUAAAAAGAUCUAAGAACUGAAUGUUAUGUGGAAACUGUAAGAAGUAUUUUAAAGAAACAAUGAAAUGAAUGAAUUAAUUAAUUUUAUAUGAAAUGAUUGUUGGGUCCUUUAAUGUUGUGGAAUAUUUAGAACUGAUAAAGUUCUAUGCCACAACCAGUUACAUAUCAGAUGCUCUGAAGGAUAACUUGAUAGCUUUGUUUUUUCAAAAUGAAAAAGUUGCACAUCUUUAUAUGGCAAUAAAUAAAUCUCUAUUUAUUUGAAAUGUGCCACUUAAAGCAAGUGAAAUAUAACAAAGUGAUAUAAGUUGUAUGUUCUCAUUUGCAUGGAGAGCAACAACAAGAGAUGCUAGUCAUUUUUCCAUAAUAGUUGUGUAUUAUGAGGGAGCAGAGUAGCUAUAAGUAUGUGACACAUCACUUACAAAAUAAGCCCCCAAGAAAAAAGAUAGUUGUUAUGAAUAUUAGAUCACAGGACUCUAUUGAACGUAAAUAUUAGGAAUAUGAGGUACCAUGGGGACAUUUUCCAGUAUACCUUUUUCUCUUUCCAAAGAAAGCGAUACAAAAUGGUAUGUAAUCUUAUUGUACAAAGUAAAUAUGAACAUAAUAGUGAAGACUCUAUUGCAGACAAGAGCUCUUAAAAAUACUUGUGUAAUAUAACCUAUUUGUAUAAAUAUCCUAUAGUAAAUGUAAGUAAAUGUAAAAAUAACUGAAAGAGGAACAAAAUAUGGGGUAGCAUACAUUGUAUUGUAUCUAUUUCUUGUGUAAUGCUAAAGGUAACUAGAUUACUCAUGUUAUUUUACUGCAGCAGUUCCAGUCAUCAGACACCUAUCUUCUUCCCAAAGAACCUAGGAAAGGUUGGUCUCCAGUGAGAUACAUUAUUUAUAUUGAAGCUGAAUGCCUAAUGAGUCAAAUUUUUUUCUGGUACUAAAUUGCAUUAAGAAGUAGAAAAAGCCAGUUUUUGCUUUACAUUCACAUCAGUUUGGACCAUGAUGAAUUAACAUGUGUCCAUCUCUCUUGGUUUUGUUGUACAAAAGAAGUCAUUCAAGCACCAUCAUCACCAGACAUUUUAGGGAGGGAGAUGGGAGGCAGGCAGCCUCUGAAACUUCCAUUCUGUGAUAAACAAGCUGAUCAGUUAAAGACGACAUACUACAAGAAGUAAAUUUUAUAGAUGACAUAAAGAACUUCAUAUCCUAUGGAGCUAAUGGUUAUACACUCAAUAUAUGUUACAGAUGGAUUUCGUAAUGAAUAAAAACUCUGUACUUCAUAUUCUGGUUCUGGGGGAAAGGGCCAGGCAAGCACUCCCUCUUCAACCCCCCCCCCCCCCAAAAAAAAAUCCCUUGAAUCCCUUGUAGAUGACUAUGCAACAUGGUCUGUCAUUUAUGUUUUGUAUUCAGUACACAACUCAAAAUGGCCACGUUUGCAAGCCUGAUACAUAGAGUUGCCACUGCCUAUCAGUGCCCUUUCACUUGUCAGCAAUUUUGCCACAUAUAAACUUCAGUUAAUUUUACUUCAGGACAGAACUAAAUAAUGAAAAAUGAUCGUUUAUUGUGGAAAAUGAUCGUUUAUUGGCUUUCAGUAUGUUUAUGUACUCUUAUUUAGCCUGACUACUGGUCUUCUUAAACACAAUGAAAUUACUUCUUCUUUCCAAAUGCUUUUGUUUUGGAGUUUUAUCAUCUUUCACUAAAACAGAGUUCUUGUACAUAGCUGCAAGCAAAGAGUGAAUUCAUCUAUGUUGCUUUUACCGUUGUAAAAUAUCUUUGACACAUUUUAAUAUAGAAAAGUGAUAUCAUAACAGUUCCAAGACUCUCUAUACAAGUACAAAUUUCAAUUAAUCUGUAACAGAUUAUAUUUGUGUAGCAUAUAAUUCCACCAUAGAAGACGUACAGUUACCUAUUGACACUGCCAUAUGGCAUUUUGGGAUGAGUUGUAAGUCCUGCAGUAAUGCACUAGUUAUGUUUCCACAGCUGAUCCCUAGCUGCCCACAGACUGCAUCCUCAUUCAUUCUGAAACUACGUGGACAAAGUAAGAGCAAAGAAAUUCAUCUUUAAUGACAUGGUAUCCAGAAAAAAAUGAAUGAACUACAGUCCAUAACUACAUUCACUAUUGCUUGCUCUGCUUUCACUUUAUUACAUUAUCAAUACUUCCAAUGUAAUAAAGUACAUUAUAUAGUAGAUAAAAUUCUGUUUAUCAGAAACAUUCCUCUCUUUUCAUUUCUUCAAAUGCACAUGGAUAAAUCGUACAUCUGUCUGUAUUUUCAGUCUGCAAAUUAUUUAUAGAAAACUGUUACCAAUCUUGUGUUACUUAUAUCCUACAUAAUUCAUAUCCACAUUGUGUUUCAUAUGUCACAGUUUGAAAGAUUUUGGAGUCAUGGCUUCACUAUAAUACAGUAUUUCCACUAUAUUCUGGUGACAGUUACAGAGGAUCCUAUUAUUGUUUUUCUGCAACCUGUUUGAGAAUGCUAUAAUGAUUUUAUGAAGAAAGUGAGAAACAGUAGAAAUUUUUGUCUGGUAGUAAGUUUGCCAAGAUUCCUGUGAGAAAAUUGAGAAAUUAUGUUUAUGCUAUACUGUCUAGGGAAUUUAUUUAAAAUGUCUGGUUAUUUAAAAACAAUUCCUUUCUUAAAAUUUUUGACAGCAUAUUAUAUUGCCCGGAACACAGUUAACAACUCAGAGUUCAGUUUACAUGAAAUAGAUUUUAGUCAUGUUUUGUUUAUAUCUUCACAGUUAAUGACCAUCAUUUCAGUUUGCAUAAAAUUAAUUUUUGUCGUAUACCUAGCAGAAAAUACUUUGAUGACAUCUUCUUCUUGACAACUGUCCUCUGUGAUACAAUCUUUUUGUACACCCUAUAUUUUGAUACUGUUAUGUGAAUAAAAUUCUAGUGGAACAAAGUUUUACAACUUGUAUAAUGCAAAAUGUGAAUUUUUGUGUUUUUGUUGUUGACAUAUUAUAAACUGUCAUUUACAUAAGUGUUAUAUCCCAAAUGAAUGUAAACAUCAACAAAUUUCAUUUAUUCUUUGAGUUCUGAUGUAAAUAUAUAGUCAGAUACAAUAAUACAAAUGUAUGAAGAGGAGUCACUGAACAACCUGAUGAUUAUGGACUGUAUUAUGAUUUAUUUAUUAUCAUAGCUUGCAGAUGGAAAUAAAAAAUGUUACACAAUUUUAAACUA